CACGGAGCGCAGUCGGCCAGUACCACUUCAGCCGUCAGAGCGGAAGGUAGUCGAAGCGUGCUCUCCGCGUCCCCGCUCGGCACAUCAACCUUGCGACUUUCUCCCAGCGUUAGUGCGUUCACGAUGCAAUUUAAGACCACCGAUGACCCGCGGCAAGGAUCCUUGCCGCCUGGGGUAGCCGAGACGCCCUCCGCACCGCGGCACCACCAUUCCAGAGGACACGCAAAGCUACGCCACCGAUGCCCGUUUGGCUGUAGCCGCACCCACGCCCACACGGAGGGUCAACACUCACACCCUGGCAACAACGAGGCGCCACAGGGCACGGCCGACACUCACUACCACAAUCACCGAUCCACGGCGACGCCCCUCGUGUACCUGCCUCUCCACCACCACCACAUCCCCUACCAGCGCACCUCACCCCCGCCCCAGCAGCAGCACCACCACCAGCAGGCAGUGAGCAGCGGUGGCAUGGUCAGCAGGGGCGUGAGUGAAUGGAGGGUGCUGUCUUUAGUCUCCAAGCAAGAAGUCUCCACUAACUACCUCACUAAACCUCUCAUCCCCGUGGACUUCAGACGGCAGGCUAUUCAGUACAUGAGCAAAAGGCUACAGAUGGAUGCCAAUAUUUAUAUCCGGAGCGGUAAAGUAAUUGAAAGGAGGAUUCUGGCCCUGGAAGAGCAGGUGUACAACUCUAGCUCAUCACAGGCUGAAUACAUCACCAAGCUUGCGUCAAGACUGGCAACUAUUCUGCGGCACAUCGACAAAUGCAGGUCACCAAGGGCACCAGUGACCCUCCAGUCCCAGCAGGAGAAGGUCAUGUGACACGGACCGUCCCUAGCAGCAUCAACAGACGAAGGCGCAGUAGGAAUAGGUGAAGAUAAGGUUACAAACACCGCAUCUCAGCUACCACCAGCACCACCAUCAUCACUAUCACCACCAGGGAGGGAAGAGAAGGAUGGGGACAGUGGCGAUGGUGAAAAGAACGAUGACGUAGUAUGUGAGGGAGUGAAAAAGGAGGAAAAUGGAAUUAAAUACGAGGAUGAUGGUGCAGAUAAGAUACGAUCCGCUAGUGCUGUGAGCAAGAACGGAGAUAAUGAAAAUGAGGAAGAGGAGGAGGAAAAGGAGGAGGUGGAGAACGAUGAUGUUGACGGAGGUGAAGAUAAGAAGAUAAGCCUAUCAGAGGAGGAAAAGACGAGUUUAUCCAACGAAAAAGGAGAAGAAGCAACACUAAGUGAACAAACGGGUACAGAAGAAGAAGAGGAAGAGAAAGAGAAAGUCAGAAUAUUAAAAGGAGAGAGGCGAUUACAAGAAGAGGAGAAAGCAACGGCGGAAAAAGAGAACACGAAAAUGAUACUGGAUGAGAAAGAGAAAUUCGACGAUAAAGAGAGGGCAGGAGAAAUAGGAAAAAUACAGCAUGAACACUCUUACGAACUGCGGAAAUCCAGAGCGAGUAAACAAAAACAGGAAGAGAAGAGGAAAACAGGAUCAAAAACAAGAAAGAAAGAUACGCCACAAUCCCAGCCGGAAACAAAAGCAACCACAAAAACUCAGGAAUCAGAAGACACAAAGGAUAAAGAUGGGAAAGAAAGAAAAGAAAGAGAACAGGCGGAAAAACUGAAAUAGAAGAUACUAAAUAGAACACAGGAAUAAGAAGAGACAAAGAAUGAAGAUGUAAAAGAAGGAAAAGACAGAGAAUAGAGGGAAAAUUGAAAUAGAGGAUAAUAAGAACACAGGAAUCAUAAGAAACAGAAACUGAAAAAGGAAAAGAAA